AUGGCCCUAGUUUACCAACAAACUCUUAACAAGUCUACAGUACUCAUAACUCAACCCUCGCCUUCUUCUUUCGCUCUUACCAAUAACCCCCGUCUGGACUCGGCCAUAUGCAUGCCAUCGAGCAAGAAACCAUCGGCAUGUUCUAAUUCAGUAAAAUCUAGAUAUGAUAUAAAGAAGAAGAACGAAGGUCUCGAGCGAUGGGUAGAAGAUCUACUACAGACUCUGGAUAAUGUCAUGGAGAAGACUUUGGGUACUGCCGUUGAACGGGAUUCCGGAACGAGAGUUAAAGAGUUGAUGAAACAGAUCGAUGAUCGUUUAAGCAAAGACUCGUCGGAUGAAACUAUUAUUGCUGAAGAGCUUGCACAAGACAAUACAAUCGACUGCGAACAAUUAGCAAACGAUGGUUUGAGUGAUGAUGCGUCAACAAAAGUACACACUCAAUCGGAUAGAACUAUUUCUUACCAAGAUGUAACAGCAGAUGCGACAUUGACAGAAAAGUGCCCCAAGAAUUCAAUAAAAAACUUUUUCAGAAAAAGGAAGACAAAAAAGAGCGUUCAACCAAAUAGUAGACAAGCUGUACCCGUAAAUACAAAGACGCCGCCCAAGCAACGAAUCGAAUGUCCACGACAGAAUAGUAGAAAGGCAACGAUUCUCGGAAGGAUCGAAAAGAAGGGUAAAUGGGAACGACUAUUGAACGACAGAUUCCUCUUAAACAAAAAGGAUAUUAUUGGGGAGGGACAUCACGGAUCAGUCAUGAGAGGCAUCGACCUUCAGACCAAUGAAAAGGUUGCCAUUAAAUGCCUUCGAAAACAAUACAAAGUCACAGUUGGCGGUUUCCAAGUUGCAAACAAGAAACAACGCAAGAAGAACGACGAGCUCAUCAAUGAAGGUCGAAUGAUGGUUCGCAUGGAAUCCAUCCCCCACCUAGUACCCUUGCUCGACCUUGUGGAAACGGCGAAAAAAGUCUACUACAUCAUGCCGUUAGCUACCAAAGACCUAUCCGACAUAAUCUAUCGACGUCGUCUGACCGAGCAACACCUUCGCGAAAUAAUGAAACCUGUAUUCCAAGCCAUAAAACACAUGCACGAUUCGGGCUACGUUCAUCGAGACAUCAAACCUGAAAACAUUCUGUUGUAUGAAGAUGAUCAGGCCAAGUUGGGAGAUUUUGGCUUGACGACAGAAUUCGGAUGCCAUUCUGGAUUUCAAGUUGUCGGAACACCUGCAUUUGCCGCACCCGAAGUGCUUGGCCAGUUUUUGCGGACCGAUGCGUCUGCAUGGCUCAAUUACAAACGAGCUGACGUCUGGUCGCUCGGGGCAACCAUGUAUACUAGUUUUGUCGGCAGGUAUCCAUUCGAUGAUAAGAGAACGGCCGGCGACGAUUUGAAGAGAGAAGUACAGUUCCCUGAAAAGUUCAAUAAUUACUCUGAAGAUGCCAAAGACCUGAUUGCAAAGCUGAUGAUUCCUGAUCCGACAAAGAGGAUUACUAUCGACGAUGCGUUAAAUCAUCCCUUCUUCACUAAUCACGGCCAAUAA